AUGUAAACAUAAGACUUAGUGGAAUAUUUGGAAUAAGAUGUUAAACACUUUAAUUAACUCUUCGCUUUCAUUCCUUACCAACCCUCAUUUUAUAAUUACAUUACCAAAUAUCAAUUGAAAUCCAUUCAAAUGGAAUUAAAGAGUGAAGAAUUCUUACCCUCAAUCUUCGUUAAUGAUAAAUUGCAACAUAAAAUCAAAUAUCAUCAAUAAUUCAAAUAAGCAUAUGGUUUAACUAAUUCCUUUGAAUUUGACAAUACUAUCUCUAUUGAUAUCAUUUCAUAUGAUAUAGAAGAAACUUAUAAAGAGUAAACAAUUUAUUAAUUAAUAAAUAGGAAGUUAGAAAAUGAUAAUCUAUAUCCAAUCUUAUUGAACUUUGCUGUCUCCAAUUCUAAUUGGAAUAUAGAUUAACUUGUUUAAUUCUUUAAUCAAAAAGCUUGUUCAUACAAUACUAUCAAUAUUGAUUUACUCUUUUUGAAUCUAUUUCGAUUUGCAUUGUACUUUUAAAAAUCUAAUCAAAUCACUACAUUAUUACAUUAUCCAUCUAUUAAAUUUAGAUUAUAAGAAAUAAGACAUACUAAUAAAUUUGUUGAAACACCCUUAACUAAAAUGAUUACUAAAUCUAGAUCAAGCCAAAAAAAAGAAAAAGUAUAAUAUAAAUUUGGAUUUCUCUCUCUAGAUUAAUCAAAUAGAAUCUUUCCAUUAAUGAUUCAAGAUCCUUUAAUCUUUUAGUUACCAUUAAUAGGUACUUGGCUCUAUUCCAAUGAUCCAUAUGAUGAACCAUUAAAUAAUAGAUAAUACAUAUGGACAAUGUUAACUGAAUUUAUUUGUAGUCCAUAUAUUACUAGAAGAAUUUGUAAAGAUCAAUAUGAUCAAUUUCUAUUUAUUUAAUUCCAAAAGAAUUAAUCUCCUCAAUUUUUUGAAGUCAGUAUUCAAGAAGAUCCUUAAUAUAAAAUUGUAAGAUCAUAAGAGAAAAUUAUUAAUUUAGACCAUCAUUAAAUUGAUUUAGCCUCUGCUUAACCUUUUAAUUCUAUUGAAAAACUCUCAGAUUUAUAUAAUCCUAUCAAUCAUAUAAAUAAAGUUGCCAUUCAUACAUCUAAUUUUACUAAACAAAAAAUUUAAUCUCCAGAAUAAAUUUAAACUAUAGAAUAAUCAUUUUAAUAAGAAAGCACAGUCAAAUAACCACCACUUCCAUAACCUUUAGAUUCAAAUCAAAGUUAUUAAUCUGCUAACUUUCCUUAAAAUUAACAUCUAACUGAAAGAUUAGUCAUUAUAUAAUCUGAAUAACUUAAAUUAAUGCAAACUUAAAUUAUUGAUUUAUAAAGGGCACUUCUCUAAUAGGUAUCUCUUAAACUUUAUAUAGAUGUAAAAACCUUAAAUUUAACAACCUAUGAGUCCUCCAAGAAAUGAAUAAACAUUUCAUCCAACCAAUAAAAGAAUUGGCUUACCUGUUUAAAAAAUUGAUUUCCUCAGUGAAUAAUUGAAAUUAAAAACUUAAUCUAAAAAAAAAGAAUAAGAAAUUGAAGAAUUAGCUUAAUAAAUUUUAUGUGAUAAAAUUGAAUCUAUGCAAAAUUCAACAAGAAAUUCUAUCAAUAAAUUAAUCUCAUAAAAUAAUUCCAAUAAUUCUGACAAUUCUAAUCAAUUUAAAAUUUCUACAAAUAAAAAAUAAUCUUUAGGUGAUCUUAUUAUAUCUAUGAAAGACAGUGACAUUAAAAGAUAAAUUAAAAGAAAUUAAGCCAUGAUUUAAGAUAUCAAUGGAAAUAAUCAACAUGAAAAUCAUUAAUAUCAUUCUUAAUCUUUGUCUCCAUUUUCUUUACAGAAUUAAUAAUCAGAUAAAAAUCAUUUUUUAUAAAUUCAAUCCCCAACCUUCAAUUAAUCAAAGGAUGUUUCUUAAUUUAAUUAUAUGACUAAUAAUACAUUUUAAUAAGAAAGUCCUGUCAAAUAUGUUAGAAUUGAUUAAUUCACUUAAUAAUUAUAAUAAUAAUAAUAAUAAUAAUAAUAAUAGUAAUAGUAAUAAUAAUAGUAAUAAUAGUAAUAGUAAUAAUCACAUUUAUAAUAAUAAUAAUACUAAUAAUAAUAAUAGAAUUUAUUAUUACAAUAAUAAUAACAUCUUUAGUUUUCAUAAUAAUAAUAAUCCCAAAAGAAAUCCUAGUAGUUGCAAUCUUCAAACAAAAAAUAAUCUGUUUUAAUAUCAUCUAUUUAGAAAUCAUAUAAUAAGUAUGAUUUAAUUUAAUGAAUUAGAGAAAAUAUUAUGUCCAAUAAUUAAUUAGAGUAGAGUGCUGGAUCCAAAGCUAUGCCUAAGAUUAAAUUUAAUUUAAAGGAUUAUGACGACUCUGAUUCUGAUGAAGAAGUUAAAAAGUUACAAAUGAAAUACCUAAAGAAACGAUGA